GCGGGCAAUGGGACGGCACAACCGAGCGAGCACAAUUUUCCGCCCGUACAGCAUCGAGUCCAGCCUCUUGAAUCGACAUGCUCACCACUCCAGUCCCUAGAUCGUUGAUUGAGAUGUCAGUUGUAGGGUGCGCCUGACAACUGAUUUAUCGCUUUCUGAUGAGUCUCUUUACGUAACGAGCGUGCAUCGACAAGUUUAACCUAGACUCCGGGUUUAGAUUCAAUGCUAGGAUUGAUGACCGAGCGUUUGGAUUCCCGCCGACGUAAUCAACUGAGCAUCGUGUUCCGGCUUGGUUUCAACCUGGAUAAGACGGCAACCCUCCUCAAUUAUGAACAAAACUACGCUAUGUUGUUCCUAGACAGAAGCAAGUCUUAAAAGUUGCUCAAGCUCCAUGAAUUAUCUGUCCUUUAUCGAAAGCUCGGUAUAGUAACACUGCUCUUUCCAUCAUGCCCAAGCAGCUCCCGUUCCAGCUGGACGAUAGGUCCCUCCUUCACGAGCGAUCGCUGCUUAAUGGAGAAUGGGUUACUUCGACGUCACAUGAAACAUUCAAUGUUGAAGAUCCCGGCAGCGGCAAGGUCUUCGCCUCCUGUCCAAACAACUCAGCACGGGAUGUGGAUGGGUUCGUCACGACUUCGCAAGCGGCUUUUCUGAAGUACCGCCAUGUCAAUCCUCGAGAGCGGGCGAAAAUGCUCCUCGAGUGGCACAGGUUGAUUACCAACGCAAAGGAAGACAUCGCCAAGCUGGUCACGUACGAGACGGGCAAGCCACUCGUCGAAGCUCGUGGUGAGGUCGACUAUGCACUAGGGUUCGCUUGGUGGUUUGCGGGAGAGGCAGAGCGCGUUCGAGGUUCUGUGGGCAUCCCAUCUGUCUCAAAUCGACGGACGAUUGUUAUCAAGCAGCCCAUUGGCGUCAGCGUCGCUCUCGUGCCGUGGAACUUCCCGGUGGCCAUGAACAUCCGCAAAGUUGCUGCGGCUCUGGCAGCGGGCUGUUCGAUGAUUGUGAAGCCCUCUCCUGAAACGCCUCUUAGCACCCUAGCGCUCGCUGACCUAGCUCUUCGAGCCGGGUUGCCGCCAGGUGUGCUGAAUGUCAUCACCACCGACAACGAAAACACCCCGUCACUCAGCGAGGCUCUUUGCAAACAUCCUCUUGUUCGUAAAGUCACAUUUACCGGCAGCACGGCGGUGGGACGCAUUAUCGCCCAACACUGCUCUCAUGGUCUGAAGAAGGUGACCAUGGAACUCGGUGGCAACUGUCCAUUUAUCGUCUUCGACGACGGUGAUUUAGACCAGGCCGCAGCCGCGCUCAUGAUUCUCAAGUGGCGCACAGCUGGGCAGGCUUGUACACACGCGAACAGAGUUUACGUACAAAGCGGUGUCUAUGAGAAGUUCGCACAGAAGAUGGUGGAAGCUACUCGUCAGAUCCGCGUUGGUCACGGUGCUGACCCCUUGACCACAAUGGGCGCCCUGACGACAUCGAGGGCCGCGGCCAAAUUGGAGAGACACGUCUCAGAUGCUGUUUCUAAAGGUGCCAAGGUCCUAUGCGGAGGUAAAGCGCCCGCUGGGUUGGAUGGGUACUUCUUUGAGCCAACCAUCGUAGGUGACAUGGACUCUUCCAUGUUGACCACGACGGAGGAGAUUUUCGGUCCUCUUCUUGGAUUGUACAGUUUCGAGACCGAGGAAGAAGUCGUCAAAGCGGCCAACGACACCUCCAUGGGCCUCGCGUCGUACUUCUUCACAAAAGAUGUCGACCGCACGUGGAGAAUGCUCGAGAGCCUCGAAGCUGGCAUGGUUGGCAUGAACACAGGCAAUGCGUCCGGAGCUGAAUCCCCCUUUGGAGGAAUCAAGGAGUCGGGCUAUGGUAAAGAAGCGGGCAAGGACGUCGCCAUCGAGGAGUAUCUUAUUCAGAAGACGGGCACGCUUACAGUCGGAGCGACUUCCAAGCUCUGAGGCUGCGACUCAAACUCCAGGUCUUGGAUCGUGCGCAUCACAAAGUUUGAAGUCGAUUGAGCGUUACCUCUUCGACUCCUUUCUGAGAUCGCAGGGGCAAGCUUUGACGUGUAUACUUCAACAAUAGUGAAACGAUAGAAUAGACGCAGCCAU